AUGGAUAUGUCAGGAACCAUGUCCGGAGCGAAUGGCCUCAAUAUGAGGCCAUUGUUUAGCGGAUAUCCUUUCCAAGGCCAAGGUCGCGUCAACCAGCUCGGCGGUGUCUUCAUCAAUGGCCGACCGCUGCCGAAUCACAUCCGGCUGAAGAUUGUCGAAAUGGCGGCGGCCGGCGUUCGGCCGUGCGUCAUCUCCCGCCAGCUGCGGGUUUCCCACGGUUGCGUGUCCAAGAUACUGAAUCGCUACCAGGAAACCGGUUCGAUUCGUCCCGGCGUAAUCGGUGGCUCGAAACCGAAGGUGGCCACACCGGAAGUGGAGUCACGUAUCGAGGAGAUGAAAAAAAUGAAUCCGGGCAUCUUCAGCUGGGAGAUACGGGAGAAGCUAAUUAAGACCGAUCCGAGCGCGGGCUAUUGCAGCGCAGACGGCGGCCUCCACAGACAGCCAGGCGCAGAGUACCGAUGUCGCGAGGAAGGCGUUUCGGAUCCCCCGAGUGUUUCAUCCAUUAGUCGGCUGCUGCGGGGAGGCAGUGGUGGUCCAGGCGACGGUCGAAAGGACGACGACGGGCGGAAAGAUUACAGCAUCCAUGGAAUUUUGGGAGGUCGUGGCUCCGACUCCAGUGACACCGAGUCCGAGCCGGGAAUACUCCUCAAGCGCAAACAGCGUCGAUCUCGAACGACCUUCACCGGCGAGCAGUUGGAAGCACUGGAGAAGGCCUUCCAGCGAACGCAAUACCCGGACGUCUACACGCGGGAGGAGCUGGCCUCGUCGACCAACCUAACCGAGGCACGCAUUCAGGUUUGGUUCAGCAAUCGACGUGCUCGGCUGCGGAAACAUGCCGGUUCUCAGAUGUCUACACCGCUCAGUUCACUAGGUUCACUUCCGAUGAGUCAAUACCACCCGGGAGUGCCGACGCAGGAAUCCUACCAGAUGGCUGCUGCUGCCAACUAUGACUUUGUCAGUCAAAAUCCGGCUUCCUUCUCCAGUGGCUUCCAGCACAGUCACUUUGGUGGACAAAACUUUGGGCCGAAUGCAAUGAGUUUCCAUCAGAAUAGUCAAGAAUUCAUCCCCCACGAGUACACCAAGAUGAUGAACGAAGAGUACAUCAAACCGGCUCACGAGAACUCAUCCUCUGUCAAACUGAGCCCGACGGCCGCCCACGGUGCUGCUGGUGCAACGCUGAGCGAUAGUUAUGCAAGCAAAUUAGUCUCGGCAGCUGCGGCAGCCAGUAUUGCUCCGCAGGAGUCCUCUUGGAGUCAAUCCUAUCCGCCCCAUCCUGGACAAAGCUACGGUGCAAGUUUGGUCAGUGGCUGUGCUCCGACAGGCCCGUCGGCCGUACCGGCGGCAGAGUACCACCAGAUGCAGCAGGCCUAUAGCAAUAACAGCCUGGCGACGGCCAAGUACUGGUCAUGA